CAGCCGAGCCAGCCCCAGCCCCAGCAACGGCCACCGCCCCUGCCACAGCGACAGCAGCCACCCGACGCCGCGUGCGAGGGCGGCGACUGCCUGAUUUCUCUUGUCUUCCAGAAGAACUACUGCAAGCCUGAGUUUGCGGCGUUUGACUCGUGCUUUGACGCAGUGGAGGGCGGAUCAAGGAAGGAGGAGGAGUGCAUGCCUCUGGUAAGCUGGAACGGUCGCUAA